GAAAAAAAAAAAAUAAUGAAACAUUUAAAUUUGUAUAUUGUUAUUACUAAAUUUGUAUUUGUUGUCAGUUCUGAAAUGAAUGGUAAUACGUUUUUUCCAAACCUACCCGUAGGUAAAUAUAGAGUAAACUUCAAAGCUAUCGUAAAAUGUAAGAACAUGGUAGAUGGUGGUUUGCAAAAUAAUUUUUAUCUGAGUAAAACAUCUAGUAACACAGCUGAAUUAAGAGGAAACAUCACACUAAUGAGACCAAUGAGGGACGAUUUGACAUUGCAUAUGAAUAUGGCUAUUAAAGACUCGAUUGGCGGCUGGAAAGAUAAUGCUCACUUGUUAAAAACUUCAAAGGCUUGCUCUUCGUUGAAGAAUAUCUUAGGAACGGAGUGGCGUCCAUAUUUAAAAUCUUUUGGAAUGCGUAAUUUUAAUUGUCCACUAGCUCCGGGAGUUUACGUGUCAAACGGCUAUGACCUAACAAACGCUGUACAACGUUCCAAUUUUCCAAAAACAUUUUUCUACGGAACUUACAAAACACGAUUUUAUUUUACAGAUGAUGGACAUAAUAACGAAACUGGUUGUGCUACUAUAGUCAUAGAAGUAAAACGUCCAUGGGAAAAAGACUAAAAUACUGAAUAUCUUAAUUUAAAAAAAUAACAUAUUUACAACUUAUGUAAUUCAUGGUAAAUUAUUUAUAUAUAUUAUAUUUACAUUAAAAGUGUCUGUAAAUAGCUAGACAGACAUGUAUGUAUAAAGUAUAAACUAAUUUAAAGGCCUAUGUAAAUAUCCAUAUCUACUUAACUCAUUACCACAGACACAUUAUCCUUAGUAAACUAAUACAAAGUUAUAUAAUUCAAAAACUAUUAGCUAAAAUUUUGAAUUAAAAACUUCAAAAUUUUCCAAAAAAAUAUCUGCUUAAUAAUAAUAUCAUCCUCAAG